AUGGAUCAUGAAGGAAUGGAGAUCUGGAGCUUCCACAACACUUAGUGCUCUAUGACUCACUCAAUCUUCAAUUUCAAUCUCCUUUUCUGGAUCAUUCUUAUGCCAAUUUAAGCGCCAAAGUGGUCUCCCAAUCUUUAUAUAAACCGCUUUCCACAUUCACUCACUCAACACAAAAUCCUCUGUUUCUCUCUGUGAAUAUGAAGUUCUUUUCAGCUGCAAUUCUGCUGCUCCUGCUGCUUCUCGGCGGCUCUGGGAUGGCGCCAAUGGGUACAGAGGCAAGGACAUGCGAGUCUCCGAGCCGCCACUUCAAGGGGUUGUGUUUCAGUAAGAACAACUGCGGCCAUGUCUGCAAAACAGAGGGCUUCCAUGGUGGGCAUUGCAGAGGCUUCCGCCGCCGCUGCUUCUGCACAAAGCACUGCGUUUGAGUAGUCUUUGUUGUUUCAAAUCAGUUGUCUAUCAGUUGAAGUGGACACUGAUGAGAGCGUGAUAAUAGAAUAAAAGUGGCCAUCUUUUGGGUAUUGUUGUGUUGUGUAAGGGCUUUGUUUCAUUUGCUUUGGUUAUGAUUUGGAUUAAUGUAAUGUUAUUCAUAUAAUGGUGUCUUUCUGGCUUCGUUUUGGCUCACUUAAGCUAUUCUUUGACACUCUCAGCUUCAUUGUAUCUUUUAACCU